UCAUCUAUAGUGUAAAAGUGUUUGCAAUAUUACUGAGUCUUAUCACUUUUCUGAGCUGUCCGUUUAUAUAUUGCUACGUGUAAUUUUUCUAAACGUCGUUAAUAUUCAAUUAUUUUAUCGUUCGCCUUUCGUUUUGUUCGAGUUUUCCGAGAAAUAUAACGUUCCGUUUGUAGCGAUUAAUGUCAUUUGAACGAAAUUAUUCGACGUUUUAAGUUUUCGUCUAACGUUCGGAGUUAGGUCAUUUUUUUGAAAUAUGGCUGCUGCCGCUGCUGCUGCUUUACUUGAUGAGCUUAUGGGGAGAAAUAGAAAUGUUCUUCCCAAUGAAAAACCAAAAGAACUUAAUUGGGAGGAUCCUGAGUUUUGCAAAUUAUAUUUGGUAAAAUUCUGUCCUCAUGAUUUAUUUGUGAAUACGAGAGCUGACCUUGGAGCUUGUUCUCGAGUUCACGACGAUGAGGCGAGAGAACUUUUUGAGAAAGCACCAUACUCAUAUCGUAAACAGCAAUACGAAGAUGAAUUUAUUAGAUUCUGUCAAAGUAUGUUGAACGAGGUUGAAAGAAAAAUUGUCAAAGGCAAACAACGUCUUGCUCUUAUUGGAAGAACUGAAGCGCCUACUCUGACUCCUGCACAGACUCAAAGAAAUGAAGAACAAAUAGCUUUGCUAACGGAAAAAAUAAAUAAAUUAGUAGAAGAGGCAGAACAAAGUGGAAUUCAAGGAAAUGUAGAACAAGCUCAAGGCCUAAUGAGACUUUGUGAUCAAUUAAAAGAAGAACGGGAAACUCUUAGAAAGUCUAAUGAUAAUAGCCAUUAUAAUCAAACUGCUGAAUUAGCUGCUGCUCAAGAAAAACAAAUGGAGGUAUGUGAUGUGUGUGGUGCUUUUCUUAUUGUUGGAGAUGCUCAACAACGAAUUGAUGAUCAUUUGAUGGGUAAACAACAUGUGGGUUAUGCAAGAUUAAAAAGUGCUCUUCAAGAAAUUAUGAACAAACGUGAAAAAGCAAGGGAUGAAAAAGAGCAGAAAAGAGAAGAGGAGAGAAAACAGAGAGCACGUGCUAAUGAAGAACUUGAUAGACGAAGAAGAGAAAGUGAUAGAGAUCGAGAUCGAGAUAGAGAAAGGGAUAAACGACGUAGACGUACAGACGACGACAAGGGUAGACAUGACUCAGGAAGUCAUAGAAAUUCUGGACAUAGAAGUAGAAGCAGAUCUAGAGAGAAGCAUGAUCGACAUCGUGAUGACGAUAAUCAUCGACGUCAUUCUCGCGACAAAGGAAAUCGGGAUCAUCGAAGUUCCAGUCACCAUAAUCGUCGUCGCCAUCGAUCUCGAAGUCGAAGUCACAAGUAACUACUCUUGAUUGGUUAGUGAGUGAGAACUAAGCCAGGUAUGCACUAAACAAUUAACGAUAUAUUCGUCUCAUUUACUGUACAGGUUCUUUACCAGGUGAGUUUCAUUAGAUGCACAUAAUAUGUACAUGAUAAUUAUCUGUGAUUUUGAAGAAUCGCAUACAGUCACAACGUACCAGUCUUUGAUCCUGCCUAUUAAUUGGAGAAAUGCUCUUACUAAAUUUCAUAUGGACCUGAUUGUACAGCAUUUUAUUUUCAAUGUGACGAGCUCAUUCUAUGUAACAUAUAGCUUGAAAAAGCUGCAUCGAGGUAAUGUCGAGCAAGGAGUAGUAAAGUCGUUCACAAAAGAAAGGUAUAUUUAUCAUGUAGUACUAUAGAUAUUGUCUACAGAGCAAGAUAGGAGAAGGUAUACCUAUGCUUGCUUUGAUCGGUAUAAUGUCUUCAUAGGUUAAAUACAGUAAAUCAUUAUGUAAUAUCAACGACUGCAUAGCUUUUUUGUCGAAAAGAAAUUAGUGGUUUAGUGGAGGAAACAGUGCCUACUUCCGUAGACCUGCAACGACAGUGCCCUGUGUGACUGUGACUAUACAAACCUAGCUUCUGCUACGCAUUUCUGAGGUAUUUAUAUCGGAAUGAUAAUACCAAACAUGUCCUUUUCUUAGGAAAGUUAGACUUUUUUGAAAUUGAUGAUGUUUAUUUUUGGAGUGAUACUUCAGUGCUAGUGCUUAAAGGAAAUGAUAACAAAGUCCUCCUGCUAUUACUUUCCUUACUUCCUAAUUGCAGUUGAUCGGAGCAUUGUCAAGAUGACUUUCAAUGAUAAUUUAUCUGAGAGUUUUUCGUUUAGGGACAUAUUAAUGAUACCUAUGAGAACAGAAAUUGGAUAGAUCAAUAGUAGUAUUUUCAAACUUCGAACUUAAAUGUUCAGAGUAACUUUCCUGUUAUUUCUAUAGCCAGUGAGUUAAAAAUAUGAAAUUGAUUCAAUUGUCAUCAUAAAUAUUAUACCAGUAUCAAAUUGAUUAUUUAAACAUUUCCUCUAUUUGAUAAGGAAUUUCUUACUACUCCCCUUUUUACAAUUUAUGAGAAAUGUGUAUCAUAUGAAAUAUUUUCUUCCCUCCUUGCACGUGUCACUUUAUUUACACUUUUAGUUCUUAAUGGUUAGGAUGCGGGUAAAAUUAUAAUUUUUAUAAAUGGGUGAAAUGAUUAUUCUUUAGCAUUAUCCUACAUCGAUCAAAAGGAUCACAACAGAGGCCAUAUGGAUCAUAAAUUGAGCUGCUCCUAGGACUUCCCUCAUUUAUAUAUAUAGUCUCAUAUUAUUCAGUUUGCCAUGUCCUUCGUUUCAGCUUUGAUAGAGAAGAUACAUAUUUUACAUAUGUCUUACAUUUACACAAUUCAUUAAUGAUAUAAAUGUUUCUUUAUUAUUAUUAUUAUUAUAAUCUGCUUUUUAAAUAUUUACUUACAGAAAUAUAAAAGUUUACUCUAAUAAACUUCAACUUCAAUAUUAUCAUUUUGUAUUGCAGCACAGAAAUAUUAUAACUUUAUUACAAAUAUUAUAAUAUUAUAUAAUUAGUAUUUACUAACAUAUAGAGAUAGAAAUAAUGGAUUUUAGAUCUAUGAAAACGUGAACUAAAUAUUUUUUUAGAAAAUUAAUUAAUUUUAUUUUUUUAAAUAUUUUUCGAUGAUACUUAUAAAUCAUAUAAUGGAGGAAACAUAAGUUCUUAUAAUUUUAAAGCUGCUAUCAGAAUGAUAUUUUGAAUUAUAUUAAUUGCUUACUCAUGCAUAUAAUUGAAGUAUAAUAUUAUUUCUGUUUAAGAAUUUAACAUAAUGAGGUUAACAACAGCUACAAUAAGGGAAUUAUGUUAAGCGUUUGAAAGUAAUUGCGAUUCGUAUGAAAAUAAUAUUUGUUAAAUCUUAACUUUUAAAACAUGGAUUCUCUAUUUUCAGAGCGAAGACAGGGCAAUGGGAAUAACCAGUCCGACAGAUCCACGUGCACUCUGCUUUAUGUAUUAUUAAGGUAAAGAUUUUGCAUAAUCUUCACAUUGAAAAGUCAUGAAUUUUAUAUAAAUAUGGAUGAAUUUAUUUAAAGUACUUUACGUCAUUUUAACGAAUCAUUAAUGAUUCCUGAAAAUCGGCCUUUAAAUAAUGCGUGAAUGUUAUUUUAUUGCAAUUUUAUUUACAUCUAAAAGUAAUUGUUACAUUACUAUACAUACCAACCAAACAAGGUAAAAUGUCCAUAGGUUACGUUGUAAUACUCGUAAUAUUGUUAUUUGAAAUUAAUAAAAUGAACCUGAGAAAGAACAUGAAAAAAUAAUCACAAAAUGCAGAUAAAGAUUAGUCUAAAAAACCAUUAAAUGACUGGUAUUAUCUUGUACACUUGUAACAUAAAAAUAUAUAUUUAACUAGGUAAUCUAUAAAAAUAUAUAAUUUAUUAAAUAAAUACAUAUAUUGGUAAUACAAUGAGCAAUACGUUGCUUCAUUCUAAUACUGUAUAUAAAUAAUUGUUCUCAUGUGGUUAAAAUUUUCUAUUUAUACCAAUCAGCAUAAUUUAUUAAAUUUUAUUUUAACCCAAUGCUUCGUGUAAUCUGUAAAAUUGAUGGGUGGAUUUAAUUAUGUGCAUAAUCAAAUGAUACUAAAAAUUUGACCUAGUGUAAAUAUACCUGUUCAUAAACAGUCCAAGCCAUAGUAGUCAUUAGUGUUCUUCUUAACAUUCUAGGAACAAUUCCUUUAAAAUAUCCUAAAAUUCCAUACUUUUUAUAUACAAUAUAAGUGGCACUGUAAAUAGUUUUAAAUUCAUUUGGAUAAAGUUGCAUCUUCGUUUUAAUAACAUCUGGUGGAUGCGUUACAAUAGCAGCAAAAAUUCCUGCUAAAACCCCACAGCUGAAGUGUACUGGUACAGAGGUAUUUUGAUGAAUGAUGAGCUCUAAAGAAAUGAAGAGUGCAUAUUAGCAUUUAAGAAGAUUACUUUUAAUAAAUUUAUCUUCAUCGUAGGGUACCUGUAUGAGCAGCUAUUUGUUUUAAUUGUGUAUAAAAUAACAGAUAAAGACCACUGUAUGGUGCAUCGCGAAGUAAUGUUGGUACUAGGCCACUUGACAGACCUUUAAUACCUUCUUGCCUAUAUAUGAGCCUCAAAGCUUCUGCAACGCUAUUGUAUUUGUAAACGCCGCUCUAUAAAAAUAUUAUAGUUAAAUAAUAUAGAGUAUUUUGUGAAACAAUAUAUAUAAAUGCAUCCUAUUGGAAUGCUAUUUAAUGCAUUUGUACCUCAAAUCGUGUUUUAACAACGGUAAUUGGAAUUAAUAAACCACCAGACAUAGAUCGAGCUGUAAUACCUAACGAUAUAGCUUGUAGAGGUGUUAAUGGUUCUUCUAGCUGUAAUGUAUGUUUUAACCAAUCCAAAGAGGAAAAGUAUAGUCCAACACCAGGGAUGACCCUUGUUAUAGACUAAAAAAAAAAAAAAAAAAAAAAAAAAAAAAAAAAAAAAAAAAAUAAUUUUAUUAAUAUUCCUUUAUUCUAUGCAAUUAACAUAUUCAUUUUACAUAUUAGAUAUACUUUGCAUUGUACUACUUACUGGUGUCAUACCCCGCCAUAAUCCAAAUACAUUUUCUUUUUUUAUUAUAUGUACAAUUGUUGUUAGCAUCCCAUUUCUUGUUGGUCUGUAAGUAGUUAUGCGUGAUACAUUUAUAUCUAAUAUAUCAAGUAGAUUAAUUUUAUUAAUAAUUUUGUUUGAUUACUUACUCAACAUGAGUAGUAACUCUGCUUUGUAAUCUAGUUUUAAUUAAAUCCAAUGGUUGAAAUAGAAUUGUCGAAAAAGUACCAGAAAAUGAGCCAGCAAGAAAAGAUUUUAAUAUGGGAUACUGUAAAAAUAUAUUUUUUAUUUUAUUUUUUUUUUCCUUUUUUUUUUCUUUUUUUGUUUUUCUUGAAAUAAUCACAAGCCAAUUAAUGUGUAAACACUUAUAUCAAUUUCGAAAUGAAUUAAUCAAGUUCAUUGUGUAAUAUAAUACUAAAUUACAAAUAAUUCCAACUAUUGAUUAUCUCUUAAAUUUAUGGCUUUAUACAUGAUAUCUCGCACGAGUUUCCUCACGUGAAUAUUAAUCUCAUUCAAAGGUCAAUACAAUUAUCUAUUUGCGAAGAUAAACAUAUAUUGUUCGUGAACUUAUUUUUAUAUAUAAAUAAUUGAUAACUAUGCUAUAUUUUAUAAUAAAAAUCAUUUAUCAGGUUUA